UAGGUGGCGGUAAUGCAACAUUUAUUGGAUGCCAACCGCCGUUAAACCUCAUCAAAGAAGAAGAAGAUCUAGAGCUGAUUUGCAACCCGCCGAAGCAGAUCUGGAGAAGAAGGAAAAUGUCUCCUGUCUCCACACGCACCGUUCUAGGAUCAGCUGGCCGUUAGGAAAACGCAAACAGCAAAGUGAAAGGUUCAGGAGAAACUCUUCCACACUCCAAAACAGUCACCCAGGAAUUGAAGAGGAAGUGACAUCAGAGCAGAUGGAAUCAAAUCCCAGCCUGGCGGGGGUGGACUCCCAGGGCAACAUGGUGUUCAGAGUGGUUAAACCUGUCAUGGGCAUCUUCCAAGUCUCCUCAGAACAGACCAACUCUGUCGGUCAGGGGGGGUCGCAGCAGAUGAUGGUUGGGGGGCUGACGGGGUUACAAGGGUUAUCCAACCUCCCCUCCAUGGUGCUGGGGGAUGGUCAGGGUCAGGGCCAGCAGCGAAUGGGGGACGUGAACCAGAUGCAAGCCCAGAUUCAGAUCCCGGCAGAGGACAUGUCCCAGACCCAGGUUACCGCUCCGAACCACAACCACGUACCCCAUGUUCCGUUUGCAGAGGUGUCGUCUCUCUUGGACCCCAACAUGAAGAGUUCAAAGGCCCGUAAGUACCUGAUACCCUAUGACGAGAUCAAGCGUCGUCUGGAUGCUCCAGAGAAGAUGUCUCUGCGUUCACUUGCAGCCUACACCAGGGUCAGCCGUGGCCCGGCCAGCAAGAAAACCCUGCAGGAGUCUCUAAAUAUACUGGGCCUUACCCCUGGUACUACUACUUCUGUGUCCUCUUCCUUUUCCAAGCUCACAGAGGGUGACACCAAAGCCCUGUGUAACGACAUGAAGGACUUUGCCCAUGACUACAUAGACUUUGGCAAUAUGGCCAAGCAGCUUAUUCCAGAGACCAACACUGUCCAACACUGGUCCAAGGUCAUAGAAACCAGGAGCCACCUGGAGGCGAUGAGGAAGUGUUUUCGUGACCCGGCCAACAGUGCGUCGUUCGACAACGUGACUCACGGCUUGGGCCUCGGGAUGCUCGACGCCGCCCUCGACAUGAUUACCAUGGUGAUCGACAAACAAAUUCGCAUCCUGUCUGGCGCUGCGGCAACCGAUCCCGUCGACAACGGCCCUCCAAUGAGACGCAUCCGCCGCCGACACCGCAAGCCCCGAGAUAACGGCAACGACAAAUCGCACCGGUCGCUGGGCGGGGUUAAAGGUCAAGAGAAAGGGUCAGGGAAAGGCAAAGGGAGGGGCAGAGGCAGGAAGAAGACGCGGCCGCAGGAGUCUGGAGUUGGUGUUGCCAUGGAUACAACCCAGCAGCAGGAUCAAGAGCAUUGUCAGCCGGAGGAUGUGGAGAGCAGUGUUCUCACACUCGUCUCUGUUGGUUACGAGACCAUCUCCAGCGGCCUCAAUGCCACAGGACAGAUCUGAAGAUGUUUAACGGUUGAACAAACAAUGCUUAACACGGGAAUCGGACUUUGCUUAACAUUUUCCCAUGGGGAAGCUGGGAGCGGAACUGUCUUAGUAACGUUGUGGAACAUUGUGAUGUUUAGACGCAACUCUGCUCUGGCCCACAGAACCCCAAACACUGAGCGGGAGGCAUUCAGUGACGUCACAGCAUUCUGGUUUAGAGUUUUGUUUUUGAGUGUUGCAGCUCUUGCCUACUGAUAAAUUCAAUCAAUUGAAUUUAGUUUUUUUUGUCAGUUAGCACAGAGGUGAUGAACGCAGCUUUGUUGAAGUGGAAUUCAAGUCAAUCCAAAGAUAACUGAUUAUAUUGAAAAACCUACAAUGUAGAAAUUAGUCUUAAUUCUGGUCUUUGUUUAAGGCAAUCCCUUCAUUCCACCUACUCAUCUGGUAUUUGAUUGCCCUGUUUAUUUAUAUCAUGAGUGGACUAGUUAUAGCCCUCUCUCAAUCUCCAUGUUUGUAACAUGGGGAACACAUCAUGCCAGUACUUUGUCAAUGAUUGUAUGUUUAUAUUGAAACCUGGUUUGCUGAAAUACUUGUAUUAAAGGUUUCAUUUUAUUAA